AGAAAAAAGGUUAAAAAAUAAAAAGCAGGCAAAGUGUUUGACAUAAUGCUCCAAUGGCAGAACAAGGAAUGAACAGAAGACCAUCGCCAGACCCAGUCUCAGUGCUACGAGGUCACCGCGCUUCGGUAGCUGACAUUUGUUUUCAUCCUUCUAAAACCAUAUUGUUUUCUGGGUCAACUGAUGGAGAAUUGCGGAUUUGGGACACAGUACAGCACCGUACAGUUUCUUCUUCUUGGGUGCAUAGUGCAGCACAUGGGGUAAUUUGUGUUGCAGCGAGUCCUGUUCUAGGGGAUAACAAAGUUAUCAGCCAGGGCAGGGAUGGUAGCGUCAAAUGUUGGGAGUUUGGAGAAGGAGGUUUGUCCAGGACACCGUUACUUACAAUAAAGACAAACGCUUAUCAUUUCUGCAAACUAUCAAUUGCAAAGUCACCAAGUGAGGCAUUGGAGACUGAUGAUCUGGAGAUAAACAAAAUUGUUGAUGACAUGCAAAGGGGAGAACAAGGAGAUCAACCCACUGAUUCCACCAUAUCCAAAGGUAAGGAGCUUAGUGAAGGACCAAAAUAUGUUGCUAUAGCAGGGGAACAAUCUUCUGUGGUUGAGAUUUGGGAUGUCAAUACUGCAGAAAGAAUUGUAGAGCUGCCUCAUAGCUCUGGUAGCCUCUCAAAUCAGACUCCGAACCAAAGAGGGAUGUGCAUGGCAGUUCAAGCGUUCUUACCUUCUGAAUCUCAGGGGCACCUAAGUGUUAUGGCAGGGUAUGAGGAUGGAUCCAUUGCUUGGUGGGACUUGCGUAAUCCCGGAGCCCCAUUGACUGCAGUCAAGCUUCAUUCAGAACCAGUUUUAAGCUUAUGCAUAGAUGGAGAAUGCAAAGGUGGUCUCUCUGGAGCUGCUGAUGAGAAAAUUUUGAUGUUUGCAUUGGACCAUUCUAUGGGUUCUUGUUUGAUAAGAAAAGAAAUUGUAUUGGAGAGACCUGGCAUCUCUGGAACCUCAAUCCGUCCAGAUGGAAAAAUCGCUGCAACUGCUGGUUGGGAUCAACGGGUUAGGAUUUACAAUUAUCGCAAAGGAAAGCCUCUGGCUAUUUUGAAAUAUCAUAACGCCACGUGCAACGCUGUUUCAUUCUCUGCUGAUAGCAGAUUAUUGGCCUCUGCAUCUGAAGAUACAACAGUGGCUCUCUGGGAACUUUAUCCUCCUAAAACAUGACGUUGUAUCGUUGUUAAUCCUCUUCUAAGUUAGUUCUUUAGACAACAAUGAACCUCUAUACGAACAUUGGUUUGUAGGUUAUGGUUUUUACCUGUCUUAAUCCUCGCGGAUUGUCUGUAAUGAAGGGGUUAAUGUCUGAAGUUUUGCAGCGCGGAGAAGUAAUCCCCAGAUGAGCAUAUGGAGUUUGCUGGAAGAUAUUACUGAUCAUCAGAAAGAGAAGAGGACUUUAAGCUAUUUUUGGGAAAUACACUUUGUUCCGGCCUUCCCCAAACCUUGCAUAUAGUGAGAGCUUAGUGCAUUGAACUAUCUCGUCUUUUGAGUUGUUAGAAAGAAACAUAGUUGUGAAAGUACUAAAAAAGAACUCUACUUGUAACCCUUAAACAAGAAGAAUUGUUAUAUCAAGCUCUUCAUUUACAUUUUGCUGCCA